CUCGGGAGCGCGUGACAACGACAUCACUUUGGACGAAACACGACCGCUUCAAUUCUUCAACUUUUCUCAUCAUAUCAGCCGCUGGGCUGAAAGGUCUGCCGGAUUGGCGCAAUAACUCUAGAGCACUACCCCGCGCUUGGUUGGAAUGGCGGUGUCGAUGCGACGCAAUGCAAACAUCCAAGCGCUCACGGCCCUGUGGGAACUGCCGCCAGCGCAAGCGCCGCUGCGUCGUUGAACCGGGGCAGACUAUAUGUGUUUUAUGCCGACUAUACGGCACCGAUGGGUGCACAUUUGAUGGGCCGCCGCCGGAGCGCCCGGCGAAGCAGCAAAAGACCAACUCGCCCAACACCUCGUCUGAGGCUGCGGUUCCGGCCCGGGUACCGGAACAACGAAAUACAGCAUCCGACCGGCCGAAACCUUCUGAGCAGUCGAUCCGUACAGUGGAUGUGAUUGAAGACUACGAUACACUGCAGGGCCCGACGUUGCUUAAAAACAACCUUGGCCUGCAGCAGCACCAGUUCUCGAGAUACAACGGGCUCUCCGGCCCGUGGACGCCGUUCCACUUGGACUACUGCCAGUUUGACGGCCGGGACGAGUAUACGUUUCCGUCUGGUAGUAGUAUCCGGAGAGUCUCUGCGAAUACCAGCUUCUCGCUGAAGAAGUACUCUGGUACGCAGGUUCGCUCCGAGGAGAUUGGGCUCCUGGACCAGAUUGAGCGGGUCGUUGCGCCGCAUGGGCCGCGCUUGGUUAAUCUAUACUUUCGCAUUAUACAUCCGUCGUUUCCGGUACUCGAUAAAAGAGUAUUCCUGGAGAAAUACGAGCGCACCCAUCGCGAGUUUUCUCCCGCCUGCCUCGGAGGCGUGUAUCUCCUGGCGCUGGACUGGUGGAACUGGGAUCCCUUCUUAUCGGCGCAAGAGCGCCCGAAUAUGAAUCUGCUCGAAACCUACGUUCGCAAAGGCCUGCACGAUGUCAUGUCGCGGCCAAAAUUGUCCGCUUUGCAAGGCGGUAUGCUCCUCUUACAGCACCGCCCGUUUGGCGAUGAUACAUGGGCGCUGAGCGCGCAGCUUGUUGCGACUAUGCAGGAGCUCGGCGUGCACAUUGACUGCGACAGCUGGAGGAUCCCGGCGUGGGAGAAGAGUUUGCGCAAGAGGUUGGCGUGGAGUAUCUAUAUUGUGGAUAAGUGGAUGGCGCUCAUCCACGGCCGACCUUCGCAUAUAGUGGAUGAGCUGGACUGGGCGGUUGAACCGUUGACAGAAGACGACUUUCCAGAAACACCGGACGACGAGGACCAGGAGGAGGGCAGCGGCGAAAUCGAGGCCGGACGGCUGUCUUUCCAGAUGCUCAUAUCUCUCAGCGAAAUCGUUAAUGAGAUCUUACGGGCGUUCUACUCGGCGCGAGCCAUGAAAUCAACGCGAAAAGUGAGGAACUUGCUGCAAAUAGCAAAGCCCAUUCAGAUCCGACUACGAGAAUGGCGCCGCGACCUACCAACAUCUCUGAACCUCGAAUCCGCCAAGGCGAGGAAAAAGUCACCCAUCGGAUCCUUACACCUAGCAUAUUACGCAGUCGAGAUCUCUCUCCACAAAGCAAUAAUUCUCGGCCUCCAGGGCUCCUCCUGUGACCCAGCAAUCGUCAGUGUCUGUCGCGAAGCCGCGCGCGAACGAGCCGUCACGUCUAUUGAAUUCGUCAAGGGCCUAACCCCCGAGCAGAUCCAGUCAUUCUGGCACUUCUCCUCCGCAAUGAACCUCGUCUACAUCGGCAUCUUCACAGCCCUCCUCUACCUAACGUCACAAACAAUCGAAGAAACGCAAUCCUACAAAAAACACCUUGAAGAAUACCGCUGGACGCUGCGCGUCAUGUCCCGCGCCGCAAACUUUGUCGACUUUGCCGUCCGCCGCCUCGACAUGUCCCUCCUCCACUUGGACCGGCUUUCAAUCCACGACAUCGUGCGGAACAACCACCAAAACGCCGUCGUCGAGAACGAGUCGCGCUCUCAGCUCGCUGCACAUCCAACAUCUACCUCCUCUGCUACCGCCGCCGCCGCCGCUGCGGCUAUAUCAGUGCCGAAUUUCAUGGUCGAUCUAGACGGGUGGCACCCGCCGCCACCGUCAACCGAUAAUAAUCUUUCAAACAUGCCAAUCCCCACGUCCACGCCCGACGACGCGGGUUUCGAGCACCAGCGGUUCAUGGCAAUCCUGGAUGCAGUUGAGGCCGAGAGCCUCUGGUCCGAUCAGCAUAUUUCACCCGUGGAUAUGGGGAAUGCCGGGAGGCUGGACUUUUACGGGAGGGACUGGAAUGAUCUGGAUCAGAGCGAGGUGUAUCCGGCGUUGGAUCCGUCCCCGUCGUAACCGCUGUGGUACCAUCUAGUACUAUAUAUAUAUAUAUGUCAGCUCUCUCCGUGUUUAUAUUAGAUGAUACCAUUGAUUCAGCUC